CGCGCGCGGCCGCAUGGAGUCGCUGCUGCAGCAGCUGGAGCGCUUCUCGGAGGUGCUGGCCGUGUCCCGCACGGCGGCGGUCAGCGCCUGGGGCCCCGCCGCCGUGCGCAGGGCCGUGCAGUGGGCUCGCUACCUGCGCCGCGCGCACGGCCGGCUCCGCGCGGCUCUGGAGGGGCGGCGGCGGGCGGGGCCGCGCCUCGGGGCCUGGUGCGGCCGCGACGUGGUGCUGUCGGCGCGCCUGCUGGGGAACCGCGCGCUCGGCGCCGCCGCGCACCGCUGCCUGCUGCGCCUGCUCUUCCCGGGCCCCGCCGCCCGCCUCGCCCGCCUCGCCCGCCGCCGCGCCGCCGUCCGCCUGCUGCUCCGCGGGGGCCCGGCCGAGGACGCGGCGCUGCGCGCGCAGGCGGAGCUGCUGCGGCGGCGGCUGCGCGACGGGCCGGCCGGCGGCCUCCUGGACGGGCUGUGGGCGCGCGCGCCGCGGGCCGCCUUCCUGCGCGCCACGGCGGCCGCGCUGCUGCUGGACCCCGCGGGCCCCGCGCCGGCCGAGCUGCUCCGCUGGCUGCUGGGCCGCGCCGACGCCCUGGCCGCGCUGUGCCGCGCCCUCCCCGCCGCGCGCCUGGCCGCGCUGGCCGCCCGCCACCCGGCGCUGCGCCGCGCCUACCUGCGCCAGCUCGCACGCUGGGGCUGCCGACUGCGCUACGACCUGCCCUCGGGCCGCUGGGAGGCCGCCGCGCCCGCGCACGUGUCCUGGGCCGAGCUGCGCGGCCGCUUCCUGAGCCUCGCGCGGGCGCCGCCGCCGCUCAAGGACGCCGCCCUGGCCGCGCUGGAGGCCUGGAGCGCGCGGGACGGCGCCUUCCGAGUGCGCGGCCUCAGCGUCUGGACCGACCUGCUGCUGGCGCUGGGCCCGGGGGCCGCGGCCCGCCCCGCACCUGCAGCCCCGCCGCGACCGACCGUCUAGGGGCUGCGUCCUCCUCGGGCGUGGCCCGGCCCGGCCCGGCCCGGCCCGCAGCCCCGAACACGCGCACUUAGCAAAGUGACUAUAAACACCUGGUUUUGUUUUUUGUUUGUUGUUUUUUUUUCUUUUGCUGCCGCCAUAUGCCUUAACUUCGUAGGUCUUCCCACCAGCACCUCCUCUCGGUACUGCUGCUUGUCACCUGCAACAGGUGCGCUCAAAAGAAACAGAGAAACAACACUUCGUUUGGAAAGCUAACCGGCCAGUUUGGAGUUUAAAGCUGGGAUUUUUGGCCUUUUUGACCCAACCUGUAUUAAAACAGCCUCCACAUGUGCUAAGAUUGCGUCGUUCAGUAAGUUUGUUUCUUAUUUAUUAUUUUUUAUUUUCUCUUUUGAAGGCAUUUUAUUUUUUUUUUUUAUUUAUGUACGAGAGACACCUGCAGAGGGAGAAGCAGGCCCCACGCGGGGAGCCCGACGCGGGACUCGAUCCCAGGACCCCAGGACCCCAGGACCACGCUCUGCGCCCAAGGCAGGCCCCGAGCCGCUGAGCCGCCCCGGGAUGCUCAGUUUGUUUCUUAUUUCUGCAGAUCACGACCCUCCCGAAAUCCAGAGACCAAAGAGUAUACAUACUUUUUUUUUUUUUUUUUUUUUUUUUUUUGACCAAACGGUACUUUUGUUUAUUCAUUUUUUCCCAAACGGUAUUUUAAAGCACGGACCUAAGAAUGAGGGAGAGAAAAAACUGCUUCGAGUAUAAUAAAUGGCAAACAUACACCCUUGGAUUCAGCAUUUGAUGGUAAAAGAAACCCCGCAUGGAUGGAAGGCUCAGAUUUUGGUGCUUCAGCCAUGGACUGGGUUAAUAAAUCACAAUCUUGGUGCUACAGUUGCCUCAUAUGUUGAAUGAAGUGUUUAAAAAUUGCCGAGUUUCCUCAUUUUUCCUCUCAUGCCUGCCCUGUAGGGACAGUUUAGAAUAUUUGAUGUGUGUGCUGGCUACUUACAAAUGUUCUGAUUCUAAUGGAAAAUGCCUAAGAUUUGGCUUUUGGAGAAUAAGGCCCAUGUAUGGUGUCAUAUCUAUGGUGUCGUAUGGUUUACAAAGUCUUAGGGUCACCAUCUAGCAGAGUCUCUGUGAGGCAGGGCAGUGUGCUGUGAGCUCUGGAUUGUAUUAGUUGAGACUCCAGAUUGAGUAUCAGGGUAGCAAUUUGUCCAGCAUUGUAUGGCUCCUACGUGGUGAAGCCAAUGUACCUGGAUCUUUUCUGACUUAAACUGCUCCACAGAUCUAGGUGAUUUUAGGUGAUUGUUGAUUUGAAAACCGAUAUUCAGUUGUAAGGUCUGCAUCAUCGUCGUAUACUCCAAACUACACAAGGCCUAGCACGUUGGGUAUAUGUAUCUACAUACAUUUUUAAUUGAAAUUCAAUUCAGUUAAUGUGUAUUAUUAGUUUCACGGGGAGGAUUUAGUGGUUCAUUAUUUGUGUAUAAACCGGGUGCUCCUUCCAUCAAUCGCCCUCCUUAAUGCCCAUCACCCAAUUACCCCAAACUCCCACCCACCCUCCCCUCCUCAGUUUGUUCCCUCCAUUUUUUCAAUGUUCUUUAAGUUUGGGUUAUUACCACCUGCUGUAACUGUUACUAUGUUAUUUCACUCUGAAUGAGAGUUUAUUCAUCCGCUAAGUGGAAAAAUGCUACCUUUUCUACUACUUAACAUAAUUAAAAGAUAAAAAUGAUAACGCGUAUGAAAGUGAUGUCAAGUUAUAAAUAGGCAUAUUCUCUUCUUUAGGUUGAUACACAUAAAUACAUAUCUGUAAAUUAUGAUCUACAUUUAACCCAUUAGAAUUUAUGAAAAGCAGCUAUACAUAAACAUAUAACAAGGACCAAGAAUGAAACUUAGAUUUGACCAUUAAAAUGAAUUUAAGAAUAAGAUGCGGUUAAAAUGAGGUUGAGAGUUUAAUGUAGUAAUACAUUUUGUUGUAUAAGUAAUAUGUUAACAAUAUUAAAGGAAUAUUCCGUCA